UGCCACAGGCAUCAGCCGUUCGGAGGAGUGAAUAAAUAUCCAGCUGAAAACGCUAUUUAUUCGCCGUUCCCUAUUCUUUACUUCAAGCAGAUCUUCAUGACUGGUUUAUACACCAUGGAAAACAUUAAGACAGGACUUUAGGCGAUUAUUUGGCCUUAUCCUAAAAUGCUUUCAAUAAUUUUUUUUUCACAUCAAUCUACAGUCCAUACCAGAUUUUUGAUAACUUUGCAAAUUUAUUAAAAAGAAAAAACUGAAAUAUCACAUUGACAUAAGUAUUCAGACCUUUAACUCAGUAAUUAGUUGAAGCAGCGAUUACAGCCUCAAGUCUUUUUGGGUAUUAUGCGACAAGCUUUGCACACCUGGAUUUGGGGAUUUUCUGCCAUUCUUCUCUGCAGAUCCUCUCAAGCUCUGUCAGGUUGGAUGGGGACCGUCGGUGGACAGCCAUUUUCAGGUCUCUCCAGAGAUGUUCAAUUGGGUUCAAGUCCGGGCUCUGGCUGGACCACUCAAGGACAUUCACAGAGUUGUCCCUAAGCUACUCUUACAUUGUCUUGGCUGUAUGCUUAGGGUCAUUGUCCUGUUGGAAGGUGAACCUUCAGACCAGUCUGAGAUCCUGAGCGCUCUGGACCAGGUUUUCAUUAAGGAUCUCUGUAUUUUGCUGCAUUCAGCUUUCAUUCAACCCUGACCAGUCCCCCAGUCCUGCCGCUGAAAAACACCCCCACAGCAUGACGCUACCUCCACCAUGCGUCACCGAUCAAAAUCAUGUCAAAACAACUGAAUUUGCCACAUGUGGACUCCAAUCAAAGUGUAGAAACAUCUCAAAGAUGAUCCAGAGAAAUGGGAUGCACCUGAGCUAAAUUUCUGAAUACUUAUGUUAAUGAUAUUUCAGUUUUUUUUUUGUUUUGUUUUUUUGUUUUUUUUGCAAAGUUAUCGACAAUCUGUUUUUUGCUUUGACAUUAUGGGGUAUGGAGUGUAGAUUGAUGUGAAAAAAAUAUUUAAAGCUGAAGAAGUUCCAAUAAUAAGGAAGGAAGCGGGAAGAGGGGUGGCAGUCCAGGAUUCUCUAUUGAACACAAAGCAAUGUGGAGGAAAUAAGGAUUGUGCUGUGCUUGAACUUCAGAUCAUAGAGGAUGGGCUGUAUGCAAUGUAAGGACAAAGAGGCAGCUAAGUUAACAGACGACCGGGACACCAGCUUGUCUCAGAGUGUAGUGGGUUAUCGGUAUGGCGUCGACCCCACGCCACAGCAUUACCCCAGUUUCGGCGGGGUCACUGGGGUCACCGCCAUUCCCAACUACAACAACUUCCACGGUGCUGGGGUCACGCAGGGCGUGACAGUCUUCGGAGGGGUCAACAUGUCAACACACCAAGGAACACUCCGUACACGAGGAGGCACAGGUGUCACUCUGUUUGUUGCCCUCUAUGAUUAUGAGGCUCGUACUGAAGAUGAUCUCAGCUUCAGGAAAGGAGAAAAAUUUCAAAUCAUCAACAGCACUGAGGGUGACUGGUGGGAUGCGCGCUCUCUCACUACAGGAGGAACCGGCUACAUUCCCAGCAAUUACGUUGCCCCGGUGGAUUCCAUCCAGGCUGAGGACUGGUAUUUUGGUAAGUUGGGCCGCAAGGAUGCAGAAAGACAACUUCUUUCCAUAGGAAACCCUCGUGGCACCUACCUGAUCCGUGAGAGCGAAACAACUAAAGGUGCCUUCUCUUUGUCUAUCCAUGACUGGGACGAUGUAAAGGGGGACCAUGUGAAGCACUAUAAAAUCCGUAAGCUGGACAGUGGAGGAUAUUACAUCACCACCAGAGCUCAGUUUGAGACCCUUCAACAGCUGGUCCAGCAUUACUCGGAGCGGGCAGCAGGGCUUUGCUGUCGCUUGGUCGUCCCUUGCCACAAAGGGAUGCCGAGGCUCACUGACCUGUCUGUCAAAACCAAAGAUGUGUGGGAGAUCCCACGGGAGUCACUGCAGCUCAUAAAGCGCUUGGGAAACGGCCAGUUCGGGGAGGUUUGGAUGGAGAGUGCAGAUGGUUUGUGCUUUAUAUUAACGGGUGUGUGCGUGGUCUACACCCCUGAUACGGUGGGACUUAGCCAUGAUUCCUGGGAAAUCGCCCGUGAGUCUCUGAUGCUGGAGGUGAAGCUGGGGGCAGGGUGUUUUGCUGAUGUUUGGUGUGGAACGUGGAACGGUAACACUAAAGUGGCAGUAAAGACCCUCAAGCCCGGCACAAUGUCUCCAGAGUCCUUCCUGGAGGAGGCACAGAUCAUGAAGAAACUACGACAUGAUAAACUUGUGCAGCUCUAUGCUGUCGUUUCAGAGGAGCCUAUUUACAUCGUCACUGAGUACAUGGGCAAAGGAAGUCUACUAGAUUUCCUGAAGGAUGGAGAGGGACGUGGACUCAAACUACCCAACCUUGUCGACAUGGCCGCCCAGGUGGCUGGAGGCAUGGCCUACAUCGAGAGAAUGAACUAUAUUCACAGAGAUUUGCGCUCAGCUAACAUUCUGGUGGGUGAUAACCUGGUGUGUAAGAUCGCUGACUUUGGCCUGGCCAGACUCAUUGAAGACAAUGAGUACACCGCACGACAAGGGGCUAAAUUCCCCAUUAAGUGGACAGCACCAGAGGCUGCUCUGUACGGGAAGUUCACCAUUAAAUCUGAUGUUUGGUCGUUUGGAAUCCUGCUUACAGAGCUGGUGACUAAAGGCAGAGUGCCAUAUCCAGGCAUGAAUAACAGGGAGGUGCUGGAACAAGUGGAACGUGGCUACCGAAUGCCGUGUCCUCAGGACUGUCCUAGCUCUCUACACGACCUGAUGCUUCUGUGCUGGAAGAAAGACCCAGAAGAGCGACCCACUUUCGAGUACCUGCAGGCCUUCCUUGAGGAUUACUUCACCGCGACUGAACCUCAAUAUCAGCCCGGAGAUAACCUAUAAACACCCAGCACCCACAUCUCACCCUCCCGCCCAGGGCGUCUCUAACGCCCCCCUUCGCCCUCCUGUCUGGAAGAAUAUACAGAUUCACCUAAACUCUUGUUACUUUCCCUGUGAUCCCACACCUGAAGACUUUGCAACUUGACGGGUGUAUACAAGAGUGAACUGGGGUUGUGGGCAAUGUUUGGAGGGUAAUGUUCAGGGUUUAGACCAUUCCUAUUAUAAUGAUAUGAACUGCCUGUAUUCAGUGUAAAUACGAGAUGCUUGUUUAUGGUCUAUUUUUUGGUUUGUUUUCAGUCAUGUUUUGUUCCCCCCCCCCCCCCUCCCCGCUCAUCUUCUUUUUUUCUGCUUUGCAAAGUAGCAAUUAUGGUCACAUUGAGGAAGCCGAUGUUUGUGAAGCGUGAACCUCUAUGAAGGAUUUUUCGUCAAACUUUGUUUCAGGUCUCUGUGUCUGCUCGUAAUGUUUGGGUCUUGGGAAUGUUUGCGGUUAAUUUGUUCUCACCUUUGCUGUGAUAUCGUGCUCAGACAGAAGAAUAAAGAUUCAGAGCGUCUUUAUGGUCUAGUGGUUUUAAAAUGUCUGCAGACUCAACCUGCAAGAGAAUUGAAUUCCUCAGAUUAAUUUAUUUUUGUUUUAAUUACAAUGCUUAUUAAGAUGCUAAAUUGAGUUGACACUUUGUUAAUCUGUGAGAACUUUGUCCUCUCCAAAGUACAGUUAUUUUACAAAUGAUGUACGUUACAGUUUUGUAAUAUGCGGCCAAAUGUCAAGGACUGCCAUAUUUCAGCAUACCGCCACUUGCUCACUCACUUGACGAAACAAGUCCCAUUUACAGGUUUGUAUCAGUAUUGUACCAGAGGAAUAUGAAUGUUUUUCCAUGGUGGAGGAGAAUUGUAUAUUCUCAUUCUAAUGGUCUUGUUUCCCCAUACUAAGGCUGUGUCUGAAAUCUGAAAAAUACUGCCUUCUCAGGCUGUAUACGGAGGUAGGCAUCAAGGCACAUUGGAAUUCAGUGUUUGCGUAACAUCAUGUCUACUAAGUCUUGAAACAAACUCUAUGAAAGUAUGAUAAGCUCCAGUGCUUCUAGCUACACAUGCUUGAUUUUGUGUGCCAUUGCAUUCUGAAAUGUGUCAGACUGCAAGAGAGUGCAUCAGUGCCCGUCCACUUUUUCAGCUGUUUUUGUUUUGUAAGUUUUUUGCAAGUAAUUUUUUUUCCAUAGGGAUUUCAUAAAAUCGUUCAUAAUAGUUCAGUCCAGUCUGUGUUUAGAUCAUAAAUCCAAAUUAUAAUUGUCUUUCUACACAGAAAUAAGCAUUGUAAUCAAAGUAUUUGCUUGGUUAUCUCUAAAGCCCCCUUGAAUUUCUUUUAAAUCAUUAGACAUGAUGAUACAAUGCCUUUGAAGUCUGAAAUCGGUUUCUUUAGGAGGUCCUUUACCUUCAUACAAAGCCCUGUGUGAUGAGGAGGGCAUGGCCGGGCUGUAAGAAUGGACGCCUGGUGCUGAAUUACCCCAAUCAGCCGGGAGAGGGAUGAAGAGGAGCCGGAGACGUCCAUCCUUACGUCCCGCCCACACCCUCCUCGUCACACCCUGUUUGUCAUUGAUCAACUGGGCAGUGAUUGAGCAAGGCAGCUGCUUUCAGUUUCCGACAUAGUCUUAGUGACACUUAGACAGCUGUUCCGAAAGUGUUACUUGAUUUUCUGUUUGCUCCAUGUGAAAGAGGGAGAAUCUGGUUCUAAUGCCCUUCAGGGGUUGCCACGACAACCAGUCCUUAUCCUCACACACCUCAGUAUUCAUGCGCCGUAUAUUUUGUUCUCGAUGGAGGAUACUUUUAGUCUUAAGAUUUAUUUUUUUUUUUUUUUUUGUCAUAAAGUAUUUAAAUUAACCUAACAUAGAUAUAUGAUGACCUGUUUGGAUUUACAAGGGAACAUUGCAAAGUAGCAUUUUCCCUCGUUGGUUUGUGCAGUGCCCAUCAAAACGCCUUUAAAUGACUCACACAUAUUGUUUAUUGAGUUAUGCGUUUGGUUUAACAGUACUGUGUGUCAGUAACAGCCUCAAAAUUAUCUUUGCCAUUCCCAUUUUUUUUAACAGCCCAUUUUGUUAACUCAUUUCCCAUUUGGAAAUAAAAAGUACAAUAUUUUACACACUUGACAAGCUUUAUUACUCUUUCUUCAUCCUGUUAUAAACACUAAUUACUGUCAAAGAAAUGAGCCUUCAGUUUUGCUUCAGUGUUGUGUGCUAUUAUUUAUUAGCACAGUGUAAUCUGAUUACAAAGUAAUUAGUUAUUGCAAUUUAAUUAUUAUUUUUUUAAUUAGUGUAACACUUUGCAUUUUAAAUUCUUGUUAUCAGAUUACAGUUAAUGACUUAAUUAAGUUACAGUGGAAAGAAAAAGUAUGUUAUAAUAAUGAACAAACACAAUCUGUUUUAACUAAUAACACACAAAUUAUUGAAUUUUUCUUGUACAUAUUGAAUACAUCAUUCAACAUUCACAGUGUAGUUUGGGAAAAAGUAUGUAAACCCCUUGGCUAAUGUCAUCAACAAAAGCUAAUUAGAGUUAGGAGUUGGCAAAUCUGGCAUCCAAUUAAUGAAACAGGAUUGGAGGUGUGGGUUAGAGCUACUUUGACCUAUAAAAAGCACUCAAACAUUUUCAGUUUGCUAUUUACAAGAAACAUUUGCUAAUGUGGACCAUGACUUGCAAAAAAGAGAUCUCAGAAGAUUUACAAUCAAGAAUUGUUGCUUUGCAUACAGCUGGAAAGGGUUACAAAGUUAUCUCAAAAAGUUUAGAUAUUUAUCUGUCCACAUUUAGACAGAUUGUCUAUAAAUGGAGACGAUUUAGUACUGUGGCUACUCUCCCUAGAAGUGGCCGUCCAGUCAAAAUGACUCAAAAGGGCACAUAACAGAAUGUUCAAUGAGUUCUGAAUUUUUUUUUUUUUUCAGAUUGUAAUAGUAAUUUUUCACAUUAUUAAUGUCCUGACUAUACAUUGUGAUCAGUUGAA